AUGCUACAUAAAUGCAGUGAAGAGAUCAUGAUAAAACUGAAGCACCGAAACAAUUGUCCAAGGUAUCAGUUUGUUAGAAUCGAUAAACCAAUCUCUAUUAUCCAUCAAGAAUAUGGGAUUGUAGAAUGUGUUUACAAUGGAGUUGUGUUAAACCAAGAAUUGACCUUCAGGGACUAUGCAAUGAAAAGUGGGGCUGUCAUUAAUGUUGUUUUUGAAAAAGAGAGAAAUCCAAAUCCUCAAAGGUUACGUGAACUUGGACUUCCAGAGCAAGAUCAAUAUGGUCCUUUGGUCGAAUACAAUGGAAGGAAGAUCACCCAAAAGCAGUAUCAAUUCGAGAAAUUAGUAGAACAUCUCGUUGAGUUGAGACGUCAAAACUACAACAAUUACUUUGAGAUCCAACAAAGAUCAAAUUGA